AUGGCCCGUGCUACCCGCUCUCAGCCUCAGCCCUCACAGUCUCAGCCGCGACAUCGCGUAGGGCGCGCAACAAAUGGCCGUUCGCAGCCUGUCGACGACGGUUAUGACGACGACAAGGACGAUGAUGUUGAUGCGGGAGACUACGACGAUGGAAUGGACGUUGACGAUGAGGGAAGAGGAGACGAUUCUCAGAAAGAGCUGGAGCGCAAGGCAGGCGAUCUUGCGCGGUUGGCGCUCUUCGCAGAAAGCAGACGCGUGCCGUUGAAAAGAGACGAAAUCUCCAAGAAAGACUGUGCUAACAUACUGCGGCUAUUCAGUCCUGGGUUCGAGUUCAAGGCAAUUUGGCCUCGUUUUCGACAGAGCCAGGAAAUUCUUCGCAAGACGUUUGGCAUAGAGAUGGGCGAGCUCCAAACCCGCGCCGCUCUCGCCCAAGAUGCCGACGAACCCGAGCCCACGCAGGCAGCAAACGGGGCAAACGGGGUGAACGGGGCCGAAGCGGGUAAGAAAGGCAAGAAAACAGCGGGGGCUGGUAAGCGUGCCCCCGCAGGUGGCGCAAAGACGUACAUCCUCCGCUCAGUCCUCGACCCGGCCAUCAUCGCGCAGGCCAACGCGCCCGAUCGCGAACUCCGCCGGCUCGAAUCGACGCGUGCGAACAUCACGAACGAGGACUUUGCGGCCUUGUACGAUGUCGAAGACGAAGAUGACGACGCGUCCGUACGGGUCACAGGAAGCGUGCUCGGCUGGGAGCGGAGCGACGAGGUCGCGAGCAUAGGCGUGUUGUAUAUCGUGCUCUCGCUUAUUCUCGUGGAUAGCAGGAUCGUGCGAGACCACGAAAUGCGGCAGUUACUGAAACGCCUGAGGCUCGGUUCCGGCACACAGAUGCCACUGAGCGCACGCUCAACUGCCUCGCUCUCAGUCGACCAGCUUCUAUCUACUUGGGUUCGCCAAGGCUACCUCGACCGGCAGCGUGUUGGCGAACCGGGCAAGGGAAAGCGUGGGCGGGGCGGGGUGCCCGCAGCCUCCCAAGUCCCAAACGGCAACGCGACGAACGAGGAGCAGUGGGAGUGGCGCUGGGGCCCGCGUGCGCACGCUGAAGUCAGCGAGAAGGCCAUGGCCCGAUUCGUUGCGGAAUUCAUGGUGGAUAUGGAAUUAAAGGGCGCCGCAGCGGAGAGUGAUGAGGAUGCAGAAGAUGAGGAUGCAGGAAGGGGUGAAGAUUGGCGGAAGAGGGUGGAGAGGGUGUACAAUGGGGUCGAGCGGGCUGCAGCCGGAGCAGCCCUUCAAGGCAUCAAAUAG